AGCAACAGACGUCAUCGGGCCUUAUCCAGGAAGUAGAAAAACAUCAACAAUCCUUCCAGGUUGGGCGAAGUGUCGGGGUAGGUUUUAGCGAGGUGGCCUUUCCAGAGCCUGGGUUUUUCCUACGCUCUGCUUUAUUUAGCCAUUUUUACAGCGAGGGUCCUGUAGCAGCCUAGACAUGUCGUUGUUCGGCAAGAUAUUUGGAGGAGGUGGAAAAGGGGGAAAGGGACCUAGCGCACAGGAGGCGAUCCAGAAACUCCGUGAGACGGAGGAGAUGCUAACGAAGAAACAGGAAUUUUUGGAGAAAAAGAUCGAACAGGAGCUGCAGAUCGCAAAGAAAAACGGCACAAAAAACAAGAGAGCGGCGCUGCAGGCUUUGAAAAGAAAGAAGCGGUACGAGAAGCAGCUGGCCCAGAUCGACGGCACGCUGUCAACCAUCGAGUUCCAGAGGGAGGCGCUGGAAAACGCCAACACCAACACGGAAGUGCUCAAAAACAUGGGCUUCGCCGCCAAGGCCAUGAAGUCUGCCCAUGAAAACAUGGACAUCGACAAGGUGGACGACCUGAUGCAGGACAUUACCGAGCAGCAGGAGCUGGCUCAGGAAAUCUCCGACGCCAUUUCUAAACCCGUUGGGUUCGGAGAGGAGUUUGACGAGGAUGAGCUACUGGCAGAGCUGGACGAGCUGGAACAAGAGGAGCUGGACAAAAACCUGCUGGAGAUCGGUGGACCGGAGAACGCGCCCCUCCCCAACGUGCCUUCUACUUCAUUACCUUCUAAACCUGCCAAGAAAGAAGAAGACGAGGACGACAUGGAGGACCUGCAGCGCUGGGCAGAAGCGAUGUAAACGCAGCCUCCCGUCUGAACCUGCGUCUGAUUGGUGGGGGAAGAGGAAGGAACGACGAGGAAUUGGAUAGAAUGAACUGAUCGGAUGUUGAGUGUUUUCUGUGUGUCUGAGGAGAGUUGACGUUGUGUAACACUACAAUUAAGCAACAAUGCUGUACUUUUUUUUUUUUUUCCACUCUCUUUUUUUUUAAAAUCAUUAUUAUUAUCAUUUUGUCCCCUAAAGGAACGUGAAAACCCGGGUUCCUACUGAGCCGGUCGGGUCUCAGUGUCACCUAGUUGUUUUUACUCUUGAUUUAAGAAACAACAACAAAAAAAACCCUUAACUGUCCCGUAACCAGGUAGAGGCAUUUUAUUGGAAGCAGCGUUUGACUGGCGCGCCAAGAUGUUCAGAACAUCUCGGGCUGAUGGGAGAAUUUUCACAGAAGCUAAAUCCAUAAAGAUCUUGUUCCAACGUUUGUGUUUGUGUUGCUCACUCCCUGAUUAUUUUUUUGUUUCCUUAACUCCCUUUGCUUUGUUUUGGGUUUCUUUUUUAUUAUUAUUAUUACUCCUAAACUAGAAGCAUGCAGUGGGCGAGGAUUCUCCAGAAUCUGUGUGUGGGUUUGCAAGAACCGUAACCUCUUUAUUUUGUCUGAAGCUGCGGGGCUCUGACCCUCCUCUUUACCUCCUGUCAUCGUUUUUAGCCCCAGAAGGCGUCCUCGCCAUUGGCUCUCCUUAUUUGGUGUAAAUAUCUCAAAUGUAUCUCUUUUUCAUAUGCUGUGUCGAGAGGUUUUCGGCCGAGGUCGUGUGAAGCAUGCAGAGAGAAGGGAAGUCACGACACGGAUCACACCGCACGGCUUGAGACGAGAGAUGUUAAACCUAACACUUUUCAUCCUGCUCUGUCUGUCUUUGUCCUUCUCAUAAGGGUUUUGUUUCAAAUUGUAUAUUGUUAAAAAAUAAUAAUAGUUAUAAUAAACUAUUGUCACACAUUAUUGGUUGCAUUGAGAUGGAAGUUCUGAUUAGUCGAUCCACAACAUCUGCUUUUUGGAGGGGUUUUUUAAGUCACAACUCACUUUUUUUUUUUUUUUUACAUUAAAUACAAAGGAAUAAAAAAAAAACAAAGACAGAUGGGAAAGCAUGUUUGCAUUUCUAUGUUUUAUUUAUCCAGAUGAAAAUAUUAUUUGCAGAAUCAUUAAAAGUUUACAAUUCCUUCA